GUCGUGUGACUCGUGUCGUCAUGUGACAGUCGUCAUGUGACUAGCAUAUGUGAGGCGGAAGUUGUGGAUGUAGUUGAAGUGCACACCAAGAGUAUGAAACACUGUAUUUAAACAGUUUGGGGUUUCUCAAAAAUGUCAGCAUGGCAUUUCAAUAUGGUUCGUAUAGAUUAGGCCUAGUUUUCCUUGCCUUUUUGUUAAACAGCUGCCCUGGAGAAUCCAAGAGAAGAAACGUGCUACUCAUCAUUGGUGACGAUGCUGGGUUCGAGACAGAGGUUUAUAACAACACAGUGGUCCGCACCCCUCAUCUCCAAGCUCUCUCCCGGCGCAGCUUGAUAUUCAAGAACGCUUUCACCUCGGUCAGCAGCUGCUCCCCUAGCCGAUCCACCAUCCUCACUGGCCUUCCACAGCAUCAAAAUGGCAUGUAUGGUCUCCAUCAGAGUGUCCAUCAUUUCAACUCAUUUGAUGGUGUCCAAAGUUUGCCCCUGCUUCUGCAACAAGCCAACAUCCGCACAGGUAUUAUAGGGAAGAAACAUGUUGGUCCUGGAUUGGUGUACCCGUUUAACUUCUCCUACACUGAGGAGAACAAUUCUGUGCUCCAGGUGGGAAGGAACAUCACAAGAAUCAAACUUUUGGUCCGGAAAUUUCUGUGGAGCCACAAAGAAGAGGAGCGUCCAUUUUUCCUCUACGUGGCAUUCCAUGACCCACACCGCUGUGGUCACUCCCAACCACAAUACGGGGCCUUCUGCGAAAAGUUUGGGAAUGGGGACAGUGGGAUGGGACGUAUUCCAGACUGGGAGCCCAAGUACUACAGUCCAGACCAGGUUAAAGUGCCUGCUUUCAUCCCAGACACCCCAGCUGCAAGAGCGGACCUGGCCGCCCAGUACACCACCAUCAGCAGACUGGACCAGGGGAUUGGGCUGGUUCUGAAGGAGCUGAGAGAGGCCGGGUUUGAGGAAGACACCUUAGUCAUUUACAGCUCUGACAACGGGAUCCCCUUCCCCAACGGGAGGACCAACCUCUACAUGUCUGGAGUGGCUGAGCCCAUGCUGGUGUCGUCCCCUGAGCAGAGGCGGCGCUGGGGACAGGUCAGCCAGGCCUAUGUCAGCCUCCUGGAUGUCACUCCUACCAUCUUGGACUGGUUCUCCGUUCCCUACCCCCCUUACAGCCUCACGGGGGGACCACUGGUCCAGUUAACAGGGAGGUCUUUGCUCCCGGCCCUCAGUACCGAACCAGCCUGGUCUACUGUGUAUUUUAGCCAGAGCCUGCACGAGGUCACCAUGUACUAUCCCAUGAGAUCUGUGUACCAGGGGCCCUUUCACUUGAUUCACAACCUCAACUAUCGCAUGCCCUUCCCCAUUGACCAGGACUUCUAUGUCUCCCCCACCUUUCUGGACCUCCUGAACCACACCCAGGCAGGCCAGCCAACCAGCUGGUUUAAGACCUUAAAGGAUUAUUACUACCGAGAGCGCUGGGAGCUGUAUGACACACGGUCUGAUCCAACAGAGAGCAGGAACCUUGCGUCAGACCCCACUCACAUGAACAUUCUGGAGACGUUGAAGACGCAGCUGCUGAAGUGGCAGUGGGGCACAUCCGACCCCUGGGUGUGCAGCCCAGACGCAGUGCUGGAGACCAAAUUGGAGCCUCAAUGUAGGCCACUAUAUAAUGGGCUGUGAGACCUAAACUACUUCUAAAGUUUUGAAGUAGACUUUUUUUAAUUUUUUUUAUUGCAAUCAUAGAAUAAUC